AUGGUGGGUUUUAUCAACCGCAACCUGUCUGAAAAUGUACCGGAUGAAUAUCAGCGGGAGAUCUAUGGGGUUUCCCGCGCAGCGGCUGAUUCCUUUAACUGGAUCGGCACCAACUAUUCCAGAAUCCUCAAUUAUCAUGCGGCUCAUGAUAUUGGCCACGCCCUGCAAAACAUGAUGUUGGUGGGCUGUACCUCCUUUGGCGCCUGGGGCGGAAAAACGGACCAGGGCGAACUGAUCCUUGGCCGGAAUUUUGACUUUUAUGUAGGGGACGAAUUUGCGGCGGAAAAGAUCGUUGCUUUUUAUAACCCCGACAAGGGCCAUAAGUUUAUGUUCGUUACCUGGGGCGGUUUUACCGGUGUGGCAUCGGGCAUGAAUGAUAAAGGACUGACUGUGACCAUUAACGCAGCCCGGUCUGAGAUACCUACCGGUGCCGCUACGCCGGUGUCGCUGGUGGCGCGGGAGAUCCUGCAAUAUGCCGGUAAUAUCAAGGAAGCACUGGAGAUAGCCGGGCGGCGUAAAAUGUUUGUGUCGGAAAGUUUUUUAAUAGGCAGUGCCGCAGAUCAUAAGGCAGUGGUGCUGGAAAAAACACCGGAUAAGCUCGCCGUGUAUGAUCCGCAACAAGAUCAUAUUCUCUGUACCAAUCAUUACCAGAGCAAGGAGUUUGAAAACCAGGACCUGAAUAAACACGAUGUGGAAGUAGCCGAUAAUGAUAAAAACAUUGCUCCCGACCCAUUCCUGAACACGGUUGAUUUUCAGAAAUUCAUGCAAUAUCACCAGGGGAAAGUAGCGUUGAUAAACAAACAGCCGAUAGAUACAGCGGCGGUGGCACAUGCCGUUCCCGCGUUUUAUGACGGGUAUCGUAUUGCCGGUGAUUAUUCCAUGGGCAAAGGUUGGUAUGCUGCUGCAAUCGGGUAUUACCAGCAGGCAUUGACCCAUGAGAUUGCCACGCUCGAUGAAAAGCAACAUAUUGAAGACAAGCUCCGGGAAUGCCGGAAGAGCCUGGCAAAGAAAUAG